AUGAACACAAUUGAUAUUUUAGAAUAUGGACUUAAGGCUUUAGGUAUGGCUGUGUAAAAAUCAAGAAUGGAUGUAAGGAUGGGUGUUUCCAUAAUGAUAAAAGUUAUAUUUUUUGCAUUAUGGUUUUUAUAAAGUGGAGAUAAUAAAUAUGCAGGAGGGCACUUUGCUACAACAUUGAUAACAUGGGUUGUUUUCCAUGUGUAUAUUAUUGUUAUUGAACUAUCCUAUAUCGUUUAAGGUGUAAAUAUAAUAAAGUUGAGGAAGUAAUCUUACAAAAUUAUAGAUUCUGUAUAAUCAGGAAUUCUAAUAAUUUAUUUCAGUGUAUAAGUUUACCAAUAUUCAGAAUAAUCAGCUUUUAAUGUUAUCACACUAAUUUCAUUAUUUAUUGAUGUUGCACUAAAUUUUGAUUAAUUCUUAAAAUUUAUAGAAAAAGAAAAAGCUAUAUCUUAAAAAAUAAUAAUAGACAACUCAGAUGAUAAUGAAGAAGUUAUUGUAACAGGUGGAGAGAUUACAUUUUAUAUUUCAAUAAUGAUAGGAGGAAUAUUUGCUAUAUUAAUUGCAUUAGUAAUGUUAACUGAGUUAAGAAAUAAUAAAAAUCUAGAAAGUUUUCCUUUUUAUGUAUGGUCUCUUUAUCUUUGUUGGAUCGGAGAAGGAGUUUUUGUUAUUUUUGUUGCGUAUUACUUACUCCCUAAGGCUAAAACACAGAGAAUAGAUCAAAUUGACACUACUAAGGGUUGCUGUGGAUGUACUCUAAGCAAACAUUUCUUAUGCCUAAUGUAUGGAAUAUGCAUAGGACUUUUUAGCUUAUAUUAUGCAUUUUUUUUAGGAAUCUAUGGAUUAUUUAAAAUCAUAUAAAAAGUGCUUGAGUGUUUUGAAUGGUUUAAAAAAAAUUCACGAUCACAAGUACAUCCAGAAAGUUGA